UUAAUUAAGCUCAUCCAAUUUUUUUUUUCUUUGUACUGCUUUUCUUUGCUUUGCUUAGCUUUUCAGGACAUUGACACUCAUCAUAGCUAGCGAAGUUACUAAUUAAAUACAAAACCAGCUAUCAGGAGGAUUUUGUUUAAUUAGUAAACAAAAUUUAAUUGGAUGUUCCAUGAGAACACGCAUGCAUGACCAAUUAGAACUUCUGUUACACCGUGACCAAAAAGUACCUGCUAUCGUGAUAGCUUUGACACGAGAAGGAUACGGUGUAGUUUACUUUUCUAGAAAGUGUAAUUCAAAAUGGACCUUGUUCUUGACAUCCUCGAUCAAAAUUUCUUCACACCGUACGUGUACCCCGCAACGUGGCCAGAAAAUGACUGCUACAGGCAAUUCAUCUCGCUCUUCGUGGUCACGAACAUCGGCGGCGUUAUUAUGUAUUUUUCGCUCGCAACUUUCAGCUUCUUUUUUGUGUUCGACCGCGCGCUUAUGAAACACCCGCUGAUUCUAGAACACCAGAUCUACAAGGAAAUCAUGGUGACUUUGAAAUCAAUACCGUUUAUGAGUUUUCCCACGGUAUCGCUUUUCCUUCUGGAAGUGCGAGGUUACAGUCAGUUGUACCUGCCAAGUAAUUUCAGCUGGCCGCAUCUCAUCCGCGACAUCAUUUUGAGUACGACUGGCUUUCUCGUCUUCACCGACGCAUUGAUUUACUGGAUUCAUCGUGGAUUGCACCAUCGUUCAGUGUACAAAUAUUUGCACAAAGUCCACCAUCGUUGGAAGGUGCCAACCCCAUUCGCCAGUCACGCUUUCCAUCCGAUCGACGGAUUCCUGCAGAGUCUGCCAUAUCAUCUUUACCCAUUUAUUUUUCCACUCAACAAAGUUGUGUAUCUGGUGUUGUUUGUUUUCGUCAAUAUAUGGACGGUGUCAAUUCACGAUGGAGACUACAGAGUGCCUGAGCUGCUGCAACCUUUCGUUAACGGAUCUGCCCAUCACACAGAUCACCACCUCCUCUACAACUGUAAUUACGGCCAAUAUUUCACAGUCUGGGAUCGGAUCGGUGGAUCUUUUCGUCACCCGAGCGCGUUCCAGGAGAAAGGUCCAAAAUUCGAGCUAAAGAAAACCGCUGAUAAGAUGGGAUGAGUAUUGACUGGGGUAUUUGAAAGCAAAGAGUAAUAAAAGAACGGUGUCUGCAACGCGAGCGAAGUUUGAUAGAUCGCGUGUGAAAUGUACAACAACUCCUGCGUAUCUGUUAUUUAUGAAUGUAAACAGUCGCGUGUGAUGUUUAAACAAAUAACCCUAAAGUUUAUAUUGCACCACCAGUGGUACUAAAAUAGUUUUUCAUUGCGUUUACAAUUUCUCCGAACGCUAUACCAAUAUUACAUCUUGUCCCAUUUCAUCUCCCCACCCACCAAUGUUGUACUUUGCACGGACUUUGACCCCUUAUUGUUCCACAUUGUGUAGGUAGGAGCCUAAGAAAUGGUCGAAGAUUUGGUAAAUUUUAAACUCUAUUUCCAAUGAACACUAAUUUGUAUUAACUUCCUCAAAACUUAUGUUUUUCUUUUCCUUUUUAAUUAUAAAUUUAAGUUUGUAAAUGCACUGAGACUUAUGAAAUAUGUUUUAAGAACUUUUGUUAUUGUUAUAAUUAUUACUAUUAUUAUCAUUAUCUUUAUUAUUAUUAUUUCAUGAUUAUUGUGUUAGUCUUUCCACUCUGAUUAAAAAAAAAAACUAUGACAGAAUAUGAAAAUAAGUUACUUAUAGAUAACCUCUUGGAUAUAAUUUUGUCUCCAGAAAUGUCUGUAUGUAGGCAUACUUCAAUCUGAUGUUUUUUGAUAAAAAAAAAAAAAAAAGGUGAUGACUAAUGACUGACAACGAUUUGGAGUUUUACUGAUGUAAAUGGCUUAAAAAAAGAUUGUAAUUGGCAUUUCUUUAUCAAGAAUUUACCCAGUAGACUUUCAGGAAGAGAAGAUUCUGUUUCCAUCAAGAACUAAAAAUGUUUAGUGGAAUGCCAAUGGACUAAUUGUUAACCUGUGUCCCCUCAUUUUUUUUUCUUGAUUUACAAAUAUCUUCAACUAGAUGCAGAAUCACUUCAUUAAUUAAUUUUGUAAGAAGUGAGAUUAUCUAGUAGAGAUCACCUUUUAUAACACAGUAACUUUUUGAGUAUCAAUAAGUAAUUCACCUACAUUUAUGUUAAUCCAGCUUCACAGAAUAAUUGAAUGAACAACUUCAUGCAUACCUUUCUCAUUUGCUUUCUUACAUUUAACAUUAAAAUUUCUUGUAUUUGUGAAA